GAGUUCGUAGACGAAACGGUACUUUUCUCGGUAACUCAAAAUUAUUGCGUUCCUUAUAAAUUAUUGUUAGAUUAGACGAAUAAAUUAAUAAAACCGCGGGGAAACCGUCCAAAAUAACAAAUAAUACUACGUCACACGACGACCCGAUCUGGUGCAAGUGAAAAGAAACUUUUUAACAUUGAGAAUUCGACACAAUCGUGCAUUUUUUCCUUUAUUUGUAAUAGAUUUGUGCCGAUUCGCACUAAAUACUUUCAAACGACUUUUUUUUCGCUUACUAAUUAAUUAACUCAACGAGGUUUUGAUAUCGAUGCGUAUUAUGAAACGUAUGCCUUAUCAUCAAAUUGACCUUCAUUCAUUCCUACACACGAAUUUGUGUGAGAACUGUUUCAUUAAAUUUAAGAAAUGAUUGAAAGAAAUCCCGGAUGUGAUUUAGAUUUGGAGUGGUUAAAAAAGGUUUGUGUUAAUUUAUCAGCUGUUAACGAACAAGCCAAACACUUGAUUGGUUCAAAACCGUUAAAAGACGAAUAUUACAUCGCUUGGCUUCUUAAAGCAAUCACUCUGAUUGAUUUAACAACAUUAGCUGGAGAUGACACCAACAGUAACGUUACAAGAUUGUGUUUAAAGGCUUCUCGCCCGAUACCAGAAGAUCUUUUAGAGUACCUUGGUUUUUCUUAUGAUCAAAAAUGUCCAAUUCGCACAGCAGCCGUUUGUGUUUACCCAUCGAAAGUGAAUGAUGCAUCAACAGCUUUAAAAAAAAUGGGGUUACAUGGAAAAAUUAAUGUUGCAUCAGUAGCAACUGGGUUUCCAAGUGGUCAAUUUCCUUUACAUACAAGACUUGAUGAAAUUAAAUAUGCAGUUGGUGAAGGAGCUACAGAAAUUGAUAUAGUUAUUGAUAGAAGUUUGGUUUUAACCGGACAGUGGGAAUUGUUGUAUAAGGAAUUAAAAGCAAUGCGGGAAGCUUGUGGGGAAGCUCACAUGAAAGCAAUUUUAGCAACUGGUGAAUUAACCAAUUUGAAUAAUGUUUACAAAGCUUCUUUAAUAGCGAUGAUGGCUGGCUCUGACUUUAUUAAAACAUCAACUGGGAAAGAAAGCAUUAAUGCUACUUUACCAUUUGGAAUUGUGAUGUCUAGAGCAAUUAUUGAUUACUACCAAAGAACUGGAUAUAAAGUUGGAUUAAAACCAGCAGGGGGUAUUAGAACUAGCACAGAUGCAAUUAAUUGGUUAGUUAUGGUUAAAGAACUGUUGGGGAAAGAAUGGUUGUCUCCCGAAUUGUUUCGAUUUGGAGCUUCUGGGUUAUUAGGUGACAUUGAGCACUCAUUGUAUAAAGAAGUGACUGGAAAAACUCCUGUUCCAUAUGAAUUUACUAUGGGUUAAUUAAGAUUAACGCAAUAAACUAUUAUUUUUUAUCAUA